AUGGAGAUAUCUCAAGAAACAGUUCAAGAAAAAUUUCAUAAAAAAGAAAUGACAAGGAAUCAGAAUAGUUUAAACGUAAAAUCAAAUUACAAAUACAAUAUUGUCUGGAAAAAUAUAAUUGGCAUGAUAUAUUUGCACCUGGGAGGUCUCUAUGGAUGGUUAUUUUGUCUUGACAUUUAUGAAAGAAUAUAUACAAUUUUAUGGUUUACUGUUCUGGGAAUAAUUACUUCGAUGGGUAUCAUAGCUGGAGCCCACAGAUUGUGGUGUCAUAGAACUUACAAAGCAAAGUGGCCCCUUCGAUUCCUAUUGAUGCUUCUUCAAACACUUGUUUAUCAGAAUCAUAUUUACGAAUGGGUACGAGCACAUCACAAAUUUACAGAUACUGACGCGGAUCCACAUAACGCGCGUCGAGGAUUCUUUUUUUCUCAUGUAGGUUGGCUGCUUGUUCGAAAACAUCCUGAUGUAAUUAAAAAAGGUGCCACAAUUAACAUAAGCGAUCUGGAAAAUAAUCCCAUUGUCGUUUUUCAAAGAAAGUGGAUAUUAUGUUUUAUGUUACUUCUAUUCAUAUGCAUUCUGAUUCCGGUGGGAGUACCUUGUUAUUUUUGGAAUGAAAAAUUCAUAAUUUCCUGGUACAUGAAUCUAGGGAGAUAUGUUUGGACUUUGAACAUGACAUGGUUGGUAAAUUCUGCUGAUCAUAUAUGGGGCAUGAAACCAUAUGACGUGAAUAUUCGACCAAUCGAAAAUUUAAUUGUGUCCAUAUUUACUUUCGGAGAAGGAUGGCACAAUUAUCAUCAUGUAUUUCCAUGGGAUUAUAAAACCAGUGAAUUUGGCUAUAAAACCAAUUUUACCACCGCAUUCAUUGAUUUCUGUGCUUUAUUGGGACAAGCAUAUGAUUUAAAAACUGUUCCCGAAGAAAUGAUUACAAAACAAAUAGCCAAAAAUGGAAAUGGAUCGAGCUGCAACAAAAACAAAAUCAUUUAUCAUGAAGAUACAAAAUGGGGCGAUAAAGAUAUGAAACCUCAUGAAAUCGAAAAAACAAAGAUUUUUAAUAAAAAAGAUUAA